AUGGAGAAGAAGCACAUGGCAGGGAGCACGAACCUCCGUUUGAGUAAAGACACCACAGAGGACUUGGUUAAUGAGUUCCGGCUGCGCAGCUUGAACCGCACGCGGUCAGAAGCCUUCGCAGUAAGGGACCCCAAUUACUGUCACUUUCCUGCGCUGAUGCACACUCAACAGGCUCGGCAGGCCCCCGGCUCUCCACUCCAGGGCUGA